AUGUAUUUGUAUAGUCCGAUUAACUAGAGAUUUAGAUUCAGUUAUCUCCGAUUCGGUGCAAAUUACUUGAAUCCUACAUAUUAGCUUAUCGAAACAAGCAUCUCAAUUUCUUCGAUCUCUUGUUAAUUGGAAUAUUAUGUUGAAUUAAAAACCUUACUAUGCGAUUGAAAUAUAAAGUUCUGAGAAAUAAUGUGCCUGGAAUUGGUGUUUUGAAUGUCGAUACUACAAACGUUUUCUCAAGAAAAUAAGAUUCCAAGUUCUUAAGAAUAUGAAGAUAAACGAAAAAAAUAUGAUAUUAUUUGCAACGUCUGCCACACCAGUAGAUAAGGAAGGGUGGUUAAGUAAACGAGGAGAACUUAAUAAAGGUUAUCAAAAGAGAUGGUUUGUUUUAAAAGGGAAUAUACUGUUUUAUUUUGAUCGUCGAGGUGACAAAGAACCUGUAGGAAUGAUUGUUCUCGAAGGGUGUACAGUUGAAUUAUCCGAAGAUGAAGAUCAAUAUAGUUUUAGAAUUAUAUUUCACGGGCCAAACAAUCGUAGUUAUAUCCUUGGAUCUGAUUCACAAGAGUCAAUGGAACAGUGGAUGAAAGCAUUAGCAUGCGCAAGUUAUGAUUAUAUAAAGCUCAUGGUAGCGGAGCUACAGAGACAAUUGGAUACAGCCGAAAAGGAAAGUUUGGGUUGUGUUGAAGAAUCAGAAUUACCGAAACCGCCUCCACGCAUGCGACAUAAUCCGUUUAAUAGGCCCGAGUUUCAUAAAAGAUCUCAAAGUGUGAAGUCAGCGCCCGGAAGAACAGAAAAUAUUCCUCGAAGUAAAGUUACAUUUCGAGAACUACACAAUUCAUACGGUCGGCGGGUUCUUGCUGAUAUGAAUGAAUGGAAACACAUAAAGAAGUGUACUGAUAUGCCAUUAAUUACACUUUAAUGACGAAUAUAUAUAUAUAUAUGUAUAUAUAGCGUAUCAUUUGAGAUUACAAUAAUCCUUUCACUAUUAUAUUAUACAAUUGUACAUUAUAUUAUAAUCAAUAUAAAAUAUAAUGUUACAGAUUCGA